GGCCGAGGGGCGUCAGAGGCUCGGAGGGGCCGGCAGGGUAGAUCCGCGGUUGGUGCUGCGGGGCUGCGGCCAUGGGGGGCUUUAAGGAGGAGCUGCUCAAGGCCAUCUGGCACGCCUUCACCGCGCUCGACCUGGACCGCAGCGGCAAGGUCUCCAAGUCUCAGCUCAAGGUCCUUUCCCAUAAUCUGUGCACGGUGCUGAAGGUCCCACAUGACCCUGUAGCCCUUGAAGAGCACUUCAGGGAUGAUGAUGAGGGGCCCGUCUCCAAUCAGGGCUACAUGCCAUAUUUAAACAAAUUCAUUUUGGAAAAGGUUCAAGGUAACUUUGACAAGAUUGAAUUUAAUAGAAUGUGUUGGACCCUCUGUGUCAAAAAAAACCUCACAAAAAGUCCCCUGCUCAUUACAGAAGAAGAUGCAUUUAAAGUAUGGGUUAUUUUCAACUUUUUAUCAGAGGACAAGUAUCCAUUAAUUAUUGUUCCAGAAGAGAUUGAAUACCUGCUUAAGAAACUUACAGAAGCGAUGGGAGGAGGUUGGCAGCAAGAACAAUUUGAACAUUAUAAAAUCAACUUUGAUGACAAUAAGGAUGGCCUUUCUGCAUGGGAACUUAUUGAGCUUAUUGGAAAUGGACAGUUUAGCAAAGGCAUGGAUCGGCAGACAGUCUCCAUGGCAAUUAAUGAAGUCUUUAAUGAACUUAUAUUAGAUGUGUUGAAACAGGGUUACAUGAUGAAAAAAGGCCAUAAACGGAAAAACUGGACAGAACGCUGGUUUGUACUAAAACCCAAUAUAAUUUCUUAUUAUGUGAGUGAGGAUCUGAAAGAUAAGAAAGGAGACAUUCUCUUGGAUGAAAACUGCUGUGUGGAGUCCUUGCCUGACAAAGAUGGAAAGAAAUGUCUAUUUCUCAUAAAAUGUUUUGAUAAGACCUUUGAAAUCAGUGCUUCAGAUAAGAAGAAGAAGCAGGAGUGGAUUCAGGCCAUUCAUUCUACCAUUCAUCUGUUGAAGCUGGGCAGCCCCCCACCACACAAAGAAGCCCGCCAGCGUCGGAAAGAACUCCGGAAGAAGCUGCUGGCUGAGCAGGAGGAACUGGAGCGACAGAUGAAGGAGCUGCAGGCUGCCAAUGAAAACAAACAACAGGAGCUGGAGACCGUCAGGAAGAAACUGGAAGAAGCAGCAUCUCGCGCAGCAGAAGAAGAAAAGAAACGCCUUCAGACUCAAGUGGAACUACAGGCCAGGUUCAGCACAGAGUUGGAGCGAGAGAAACUUAUCAGACAGCAGAUGGAAGAACAGGUUGCCCAGAAGUCCUCUGAACUGGAACAGUAUUUGCAGCGAGUACGAGAGCUGGAAGACAUGUACCUAAAGCUGCAAGAAGCACUUGAGGAUGAGAGACAGGCCCGGCAAGAUGAAGAGACGGUGCGGAAGCUUCAGGCCAGGCUAUUAGAAGAAGAGUCUUGCAAGAGGGCUGAACUGGAAAAGUGGCAUUUGGAGCAGCAGCAGGCCAUUCAGACAACAGAGGCAGAAAAGCAGGAGCUGGAGAAUCAGCGUGUAAUGAAAGAGCAGGCCCUUCAGGAGGCCAUGCGACAGCUGGAGCAGCUCGAGUUAGAACGGAAACAAGCGCUUGAGCAGUAUGAGGGAGUUAAAAAGAAGUUGGAGAUGGCAACUAAUAAAACCAAGAGCUGGAAGGAUAAAGUGGCCCAGCAUGAAGGAUUAAUUCGAUUGAUAGAACCAGGUUCAAAAAAUCCUCACCUGAUCACUAACUGGGGCCCUGCAGCUUUCACAGAAGCAGAACUUGAAGAGAGAGAGAAGAACUGGAAAGGAAAAAAGACGACAGAGUAACAGAGCCAGCAGGAGCAGCAUCAGUUGUAGAUUCCACGUGUAGCCAGAGAGCUUUAUGAUAAAGACAAAACAAACUGGCUUUGCUGCUUCUCUUUCUUCAGUGCCUGCCAUCGGGUCAAUAUUCUGAGGAAACCUUCUUAUUUAUCUUCUUGCAAAUCAGCGUUUACCUGAAAAGAAAAAAAGUGACAUUAUCAAGCUCUUUAUGUACGCUUUCUUUGAAAACUUCAGCUACUGAAAAUUCCUUUUUAGCUUUCUCAGAUUCCUGUGGGAUGAGGCAGGGUACACACAGUGCAGUCUGUGCCAUCAUCUGCAGUGUUUGGAAGGGAGCAAGAGGUGCUCACGAUCACGAGAUAAUCAGAGCCUCUGCUUCUUUCCCCAAGUCCAUGUUUCUAGACCAGAUUGGUCAGCCUACUUGCCAUUCCAUGCCAGUUGACCUGGCACACCUUUGACCUUUGCUGCUCUGAUAGAGAAGUUCCUAGCAGCGGAUGGACCUUACCUCCACUCUGAAUGGUUCCAGUUCAUGUGGUUAGUUGUGCAGGAGAUUUCUGUUUAACACACAGCAUUACUGAUUUGCGUGCUUGCUUCAGUGGCACUGUGUAGGAGACAAAAAUCCUUUCAAUAAAUUGUUUUGGCUAAUAUACUUGUGAAUCAGAACACAGAAGUAAAUUUAGUAAAUCCCAUUUGGAAUGAUAUUUUGAUACUAACUGAACUUCUAAUAUUUAAAAUGGUUUCAACUGUCAAAGUGCUCAUGGACCUCUUGGUUUUCCUUUUGUAGUUACUGUACAGAAAAUUUCAGGAAUAUAUGAAUGUUUAUCAUAAUCAGGCCUUUUCCUCAAGAUAGGGAUAUGAUCAUUUAUAGCAAUCACUCAUGAAAAAAGUUUUAAAAUGUAUUUUUGUGAUGUGCUGUAUUCAGAGGGAACAAAAUAUUUAUAAUUUUCAAACAUCCUUAUCUAAAUAUUUUACAAUGUAAUAUGCUCAACUUAAUUUUUUUCUGAUUUUCUAAGAUACAUUAAAGUGUUUUGUAUGUUUCUUUUUUUAGUAAAACGGAUUCAGUAAGAAAGUAAAAAAAUACCAAGAACUUGUAUUUUGUUUAUUUUUAACUUAAUUGAUAUUUUUUCCCAAUUUACUUACACUAAAAAAAAAAAAAAGAGAGAGGAACAGAAACAGUUCAUUCAUUUCUCCCAGUUCCCACCCCACCACCUCUGGCAACCAAUCUGUUCUGAACUUUUUUUCACGUGUAUAUAUUUUUAGAUCCCACAAAUAAGAGAGAUUAUAUGGUAUUUUUCUCUCUCUGUCUGACUUACUUCACUUAGCAUAUCUACCAAAUGGAUGGAGCUCAAGGAAACAUCUCAACAUUUAUCUACAUUUAGCAAGUGGCAAGGUUUCAUUUUUAAUGGCUGAAUAAUAGUCUUUGUGUGUGUGUGUGUGUGUGUGUGUGUGUGUGUUUAUCCAUUCAUUCAUUAAUCAACACUUAGGUGGUUUCCAUAUCUUGGCUAGUAUACAUGAUGCUGCUUUGAACACAGUGGUGUAUUUAUCUCUUUGAAUUAGUGUUUUCCUAGCCCAGGAUACUCAGACAUGGAAUUUCUGGAUCAUGUGGUAGUUCUAUUUUAAUUUUUUUAGGAAUCUUCAUACUGCUUUGCUUAGUGGCUGCACCAUUUUACAUUCCUACCAGCAGUGCACAAAGAUUCCCUUUUCUCUGCAUCCUCAUCACUUGUUUUUUCUGUUUUUUGAAUAAUAACCAUUCUAACAGGUAUGAAGUAAUAUUUCACUAUGGUUUUGAUUUGCAUUUCCAUAAUGAUUUAUGAUGUAGAACAUCUUUACAUGUUCUGUUGGCCAUCUAUAUCUGUGUGCCUUCUUUGGAAAAAUGUAUAGUCACAUCUUCUGCCCAUUAAAAAAUGGGAUUUUUUGUUGUUGUUAUUGAGUUGUAUGAGCUCAUAUAAUUUGGAUAAAUAGCUUCUUCUCAAAUCUAUAAUUUGCAAAGAUUUUCUCCCAUUCACUACGUUGACAUUUCGUGGUCUCCCUUGCUGUGUAGAAGUUUUUAUUGGAUGUAUUGAUAGUUCCACUAUUUAAUUUUGCUUUUGUUGCUUUUACUUUUUGUUCUUUAAAAAUCAUCACUAAGUUAAGGAGCUUAUUGCCUAUGUUUUCUUUUAGUUGUUUUAUAAUUUCAGGUCUCAUACUCAAAUCUUAAUCCAUGUUAACUUUUGUGUAUAGUGUAAGAGAGGGGUCCAGCUUCAUUCUUUUGCAUAUGUCUGUCCAAUUUUCCCAACACCAUUUAUUGAAGAGAUUUUUUUUUUCCCAUUGUAUCUUUUUGGCUCCAUUGUCAUAAGUUAAUUGACAUACGAGUGUGUGUUUAUUUCGGGACUUUCUAGUAUGUCCCAUUGAUCUAUGUGUUUUUAUGUCAGUACUGUGCUUUAUAAUAUAGUUUUAUGUGUGAUAUUCCAACUUUGCUCUUCUUUCUCAAAAUUUCUUUGACUAUUCAGGGUCUUUCAUGGUUCCAUAAAAUUUUAGGAUGUUCUAUUUUUGCAAGAAAUCUAUAGGGAUCAUAUUGAAUCAACAGGUUGCUUUGAAUAGGAUGCACAUAUAACAUUAUAUAAAGAGAUUCUGUACUCCAAAUCUCUUUCCAUUUAUUUGUGUCUUCAGUUUCUUUCAUUAAUGUUAUAAUUUUUAAGAUACAGAACUUUUACUGCCUUUGUUAAAUUUAUUCCUAGGUUUUUCAUUCUUUUUUUGAUGCAAUUGUAAAUAUAAUUGUUUUCUUAAUUUCUCUUUCAGAUAAUUCAUUAUUAGUGUAUAGAAACACAUCAGGUUCUGUAUUUGGAUUCUAUAUCUUGCUUAAUUCAUUUAUCCCAAGUUUUUUGAUGGAGGCUUUCGGAUUUUCUGCAUACAACAUGUCACCUGCAAAUGCCGAUAGUUUUACUCCUUCCUUUCUGAUUUGUACACCAUUUAUCUCUCUUUUUUUGCCUAAUUGCUCAUACAAGGUCUUCCGGUACUGUAUUGUUGAAUAAAAAUCAUGAGUGUGGGCAUUCUUGUCUUGUUACUGAUCUUAAUGGAAAAGCUUUUCUCUGUUGAGUAUGUUACUAGUUGUGGAUUUGUCGUAGAUGGCCUUUAUAAUGUGGAGGUAUGUUCCCUCUGUUCCCUCUAUACCUGCUGCUUUGUUGAGAGA